AUACCAGCCGGCGCGCCGGGGACCCGCCGAGGUGCUCUGAGGGGACCGGGACGCUCCAGGGUUCCUCGUGAGCUCUCGGAGGUCUCAGGCCCUAGAGCCCCGCCCGCGCCCCGCGGGUCCCCGGACUACAUCGCUAGAAGGGCUGCCCGUGAGGUUCCACAAGGAGGAGGCGAGCGGCGCGGGCUGCCACGCACGCAUCGUUUGCCAGACGCGAAGCAUACACCUCCCCUGUACAACCCUGGCAAAAUGGCUACGUUGGGACACACAUUCCCCUUCUAUGUGGGCCGCAAGCCGAUCUUCCCAAUGGACACCACCUUGGCCGUCAUCGUUGCCAUCUUUGUGACUGCACUGGUCACCUUCAUCAUCAUCCUGCCUGGCAUUCGGGGCAAGAUGAGGCUGUUCUGGCUGCUCCGGGUGGUGACCAGCUUGUUCAUCGGGGCUGUGAUCCUGGCUGUGAAUUUCAGUUCUGAGUGGUUCAUCGGUCAGGUCAGCACCAACACAUCAUACAAGGCCUUCAGUUCUGAAUGGAUCAGCGCUGAUGUGGGGCUGCAGGUUGGUCUGGGAGGAGUCAACAUUACACUCACAGGGACCCCAGUGCAGCAGCUGAAUGAGACCAUCAAUUACAAUGAGAAGUUCACCUGGCGGCUGGGUGAAAACUAUGCUGAGGAGUACACAAAGGCACUGGAGAAGGGGCUGCCGGACCCCGUGCUCUACCUGGCUGAGAAGUUCACCCCGAACAGCCCAUGUGGUCUACAUGGCCAGUACCGCCUGGCAGGACACUACACCUCAGCCAUGCUCUGGGUGGCCUUCCUUUGCUGGUUGCUGGCCAACGUGAUGCUGUCCAUGCCUGUGCUGGUCUACGGUGGCCACAUGGUGCUAGCCACAGGGAUCUUCCAGCUGUUGGGACUGCUCUUCUUCUCCACGGCCACGUCACUCGCAUCACCCUGUGCCCUGCGCCUGGGUACUGCUACGCUGCACACUCACCGUGGGCCUGCCUUCUGGCUCACAUUGACUACAGGACUGCUUUGUAUGCUACUCGGCCUGGCCAUGGCAGUGGCCCACAAGGUGCAGCCCCAGAGGCUUAAGGCUUUCUUCAAUCAGAGUACAGGCGAGGAUCCUGUGCUGGAGUGGAAUCCUGAGGAAGGGGGACUCCUGAGCCCACGAUACCGGUCCACAGCUGAGAGUCCUGAGCCCCAGGACAUUCCUCUGUCAGAAGCUUCCUCGGAGGCAUGCUGUAAGGAGGAGCAUCACAGAGAGCCUGACUGUGCCCUAUAAGGUUCUUCUCCCUGGUGGACACCUGGACUUCCAGUCUGGUUGCAGAUAUCAUUGGAGCUCCAUAAACCUACCAGAACUGACUGCAGGAUGGGUUAUAUCUGAUCUGUCCCCAGCCCCAACCUGUAGGUGGAGUCAGAAAAAGAGCCUCUUCCUACUGGUGUAAAAACAAAAACAAACAAAAGCCCUAAUAUGCUAAACAGACAUUGGGGCUGCCUAUAAAUCCUGUCUCCAUGUUAAAAGCAAGCAGGUGCUGUCCAUUUCUGCACAGCAGCCCUGUCUUCCCUUGAUGCCUUGCCUCUUUGAGGGGCCAUUUAUUGAAACUUUGCUUCAUCUACAUAGGGUGUGUGUGUGUGUGUGUGUGUGUGUGGUGGGGGGGAUUACAAUGCGGUUCCCAUGUAGUCCCCCUCAUCCCUCUGUACCUCUUAUUUUCCUUUUACCUGGGUCCCUUUUGUCCUUCUUUUACUUGUGUGAUCUCUUGGUACAAUGAAAGCCCUCGGCAUCAGAAGAAA